AUGGCAAAUCCGGGUAGGCGACACUGGCAAACAGUGAAGUGGAUUCUAUAUUACUUGAGAGACACCAAGGAGCAUGGAUUUGUGUUUGAAAGACAACAAGAACAAGCAUGCAAUGCUGGUCAUGAGGGUUUAGUGAGUUGUAGAGCAACUAAAGAAUCAGCUACGACGUUGUCUACCACUGAAGUAGAUUGCAUGGCACUAAUAGAAGCUUCCGCAGAGGCAUUAUGGCUUAAUGGUUUGAUGAGUGAGUUUGGAAUUCAACAAGAAGCUGUGGUGAAGAAUGGGGUCAUCAAUUUGAAAAGGAAUCAAGUGUUUCAAGCAGAGACGAAACACGUUGAUGUUCGUGGUCAUCUCAGCGAAGGUUGGGUCAACUCAAGGAAAAUAACAAUUGAGAAAGUUCAUUCAAGGGAGAAUGUCUCAGAUUGUUUGACCAAGACCAUUGCCAUGGAGGAGUUCAAGUGUUACUUGAACCUGCUCGAUCUUACAGCAUGUUGA